GGAUACAUGAUGACAACGGCCAAUCAGACUUCAAAGAUAUCUCAACAUCAUACACACAGAAAGAAGAGAUGAUGACUCCAGUUUAACUUUCAUCGACGACUCCUAUAAAUACGACCCUCUUCCUGUACGCCUCCUCAUUCCAACACAGGAACGGGAUUCUUCCUUCUUCUGGCCAUUAGCUCCAAUGGCGCGCGUACCGAUGCUCACUGCUCUCCUCGUCCUGUUCGCGUUUGGACAGCAGAGCCAUGCUUUCUACUACAAGUACAGCCUUCCAGCUUCCUCCGUCGCUGCACGUGCCACCGAGGAGCUCGCCGACACCAAGAUGGCCGUCUUCUUCCGCGAGGAGGCCCUGCGCGUCCGCCAGAGCCUGCCCUUCCGGUUCCCCGCGGCAGUGACCGCCCCGCUCGGCUUCCUCCCCCGCCACAUCGCCGACGCCAUCCCCUUCUCCUCCUCCGCCCUCCCAGGUGUCCUCGCCCAGUUCAACGUCGCCGAGGGCUCCGCCCAGGCAGCCAAGAUGGAGGAGACGCUGGGCAUGUGCGAGGACCCGGGCCUCGAGUGGGAGGCCAAGUUCUGCGCCACCUCACUGGAGGCCCUGGUGGAGGGUGCCCAGGGGGUGCUCGGCACCAGGAGCAUUACCGAGAUGAUCUCCAGGGUGCCCCGCGCCGGGUCGCCGCUGCAACCGUACACCGUCCGUACCGUGCGCCCCGUUCGGGGCUCCAGCUUCGUGGGGUGCCACCAGAAGGAGUACCCGUACACCGUGUACAUGUGCCACAGCACCGGCCCGGCUCGAGCGUACAUGGUGGAGAUGGAGGGCGCCGGUGGUGACAAGGUCACCUUGUUCUCCGUCUGCCACACCGACACGUCGGAGUGGGACAAGGAUCACGUCGCCUUCAGGUUCCUCGGCACCAAGCCCGGCGGCCCACCGGUGUGCCACGUCCUGCCGUACGGGCACAUCUUGUGGGCCAAGAAAUAUGCUGGCCUCUCGUCGGCGUAAGGGAUGAAGUGGUUCCUCUGACGUUAUUAACACAACGUGAUGUGGUUGCUACAUGUCAGUGAUCAUUCAUCACUGACAUAGCGUCAGGGGUCCAUCGUCGCAGCGUAAGGGGGGCGCAUAAUGCAUGUCUAUGUAAUGUAUCAGUCGUCGUUCAUCGGCUAAUACCACCUUGCAUGUUCUCUACUCUAGCUACAUCUCCACAGUGCCUAGCUGCUAGUAGUGCAGCGUCGUUGUAAACUUAGGCACUGUUUGUUUGGACUUUCAAGUAGCUUUCCACCCUAAGAAGCCGAAAGCUCAAACAAAUGGUCAGUUUCUGGGCUGAGCUUUCCGAAAGCCAAAAGCCCAGAAGCUGCGAAAUGUGAGUUUUCUGCAGCUUUUCUAUGUCAAGGUCGCGAAAAUUACCCUCCUACCAUCA